CUGUGAGUGUUGUGCUGUGAAAAGGAUCUGUUCAAGUUGUUUUUAGACAGCUGUCAGCCAGGCUGUCAGUCAGUUUACAUGUGUUUAGAUAUACAUUUUUUGUCAUAAAGGUUUUGAUUAUCAAAAUGCCCAAAGGAGGUAAAAAAGGUGGUCAUAAGGGCCGUAUGCGAACCUACACCAGUCCUGAGGAGAUUGACGCUCAGAUGAAAGCUGAGAAGGAGAGGAAAAAGCAGGAGGAAGAGACAGAAGGUGCAGCUCAGGAACCACUUCCAGGGUCGGGCUCUGAAGACAGCGAUGAUGACGGCUCUCUGAAGAGGAAAGGUGUGGAAGGCUUGAUAGACAUAGAGAACCCCAACAGAGUGGCGACAAAGUCAAAGAAGGUGACCCAGAUCGAGUUAGACGAGCCCAAGCAGCUGUCGAGGAGAGAGAGAGAGGAGAUUGAGAAGCAGAAGGCCAAGGAACACUACAUGAAGAUGCACCUGGCGGGAAAGACUGACCAGGCGAAGGCAGACCUGGCUCGCCUCGCCAUCGUCAGGAAACAGAGGGAGGAUGCUGUGCGGAGGAAGGAGGAGGACAGGAGAGCAAAAGAAGGAGCAGCUGCAGUUAAAGGAGUGUCUUCCCUCUCCCUGAAAUGACACACAGUUACAUUUACCCACAAGGCAUUCAUGGACUGAUGCAAUAUUUGACUGAUUUUUAAAGGAGGAGCUGUGAGGAAUACUACUGUUUAUUGUAUCCAUAGUAACCAUAGAAUGAUCACUUGGAUGGAGACGAACAAGACCGACACGUGACACAGAGAGAGACACAAGGGUUCUGGAUAUCUCACAUGGAAAUCUAGCAGUGUUACAUCCCUGGGCAAACAGGCUUUCACUUACAAACACACUUUCACCCUGGACAUGAUGUUGUUACAUGGUGCACCUGCUACUCAGCAUACCACAAGUAUUAACAUGCAGACCUUCUUUAUUAAUGAGUGAUCUUUCUCACUUGUGUGGAUUUGAUGAGUCAUUGUAAAUAAUAGCUCAAUCAUUAAUAUAUUUAAGAUGAAUA